AUGGCUUUCCAAGCUUGAAGAAACAUCACCCUACUGCGCAUCAUUCCUCGAGCUUAUCUCUAUAUAUGAUCUAGCGCGCCGCGUCAGCGGACGAGCGACCCUUAGAACGCUUUUAGAACUGCUCACUCGCACUCAGACUUCUCCCGCCCUUGUCUUCAUUCAAUCUUAGCUCUCGAUACAUCUGGACCACGAUAAGGAAAAACAUGAAACGACUUUCGGGACUCUUCUCCACCCCGAAAAUCACGUUUCAAAUUCUCUCCGACCUUUACCUCAACUACGAGCAACAAUACCUCACAUUCCACAUCCCCGUCUCUGCACCAUAUCUCAUCCUAGCAGGCAAUGUCGGACAGCUCGCGGAUUACGAUGCCUACCUGUCCUUCCUCGUCCGGCGAUGCAACCUCUACGAGAAAGUGUUCCUCAUCCUCGGAGCUUUGGAGUUUCACGGUCUCACGCACGCCGAGGGCUUGCAGCUCGCACAUCAUAUGGAAGAAGAGGUCGCGACUAGAGGCCGAUUGCAAAUCCUUCAUCGGACCAGAGCGGAUGUGCCUCAUACCAACGUUACUUUAUUAGGUUGCACGCUAUGGAGCAAUAUUCCCGAAUCGGCGGAAGCUGCCGUGGUCAAGAAGGCACCCGAAUUUGACACGAUGGAAGGCAUCCGGCAGUGGAGCGUUGAUAAUCACAAUGAGGAACACUUCCGCGACCUAGCGUGGCUACAGGGUGAGAUCAACGGACCCAGGACAUUCGCUGGCGCGGAGUCAUCUUCAGCACCUACUUCACAGGUUAUUGUUGUGUCCUCAUUCACACCAGAUCUGCAUCACACGCUUGCUCCUUGGCAGGUACAUUCACCAUGGUGCGCAGCCUAUGGUACAGAUCUUUUGAAUGGGACAGACUGGAACAUCGUGAAGUACUGGGUUCACGGCACUACUGGAAGAACGGGCAAGGCUAAAAGGUUUGGUCUCAAGAUCGUUAGUAACCAACGAGGACGAGUCGGUGAGGAGGAAAAGGGGAUCCUGGAAGAUAAUGUGCCGAAGAAGGACAAGAUAGAUUUGUUUGACGUGACAAAGGUCAUCCAGGUUUGAGCGAAGGGCUUCAAAGAAAUUGAGGAUCAA